GCAGCCCUUCCAGCUACCAAAGCCCAGCCCCUUACAGCACACCUGACUACUCAGCUCCCACAGCGGCUGUAGCAUCAAUCGGAGGAACUGGGGGGAACAGCAGGGGGCCAGGCGGUGGCGACGGUGGAGGAGGCAGGGGCGGCGGUGGCGGCGGGCAGGGGGGCGGCGGGCAGCACGGGCCAUGGCGUCUGCUGACCAUCCUGUUCGCAGCACUGGUGGCAGCUGGCGGCGCGAUGGCCUACAGCAAGAAGGGCAGCAGGGCUUCGCUGGUAGCCAGUGGCAGCAUCACUGGCGCGCUGCUGCUCAGUGCAGCGCUCAUGGGCGGGCCGCUGCGCGUGCCAGCCACGCUGCUCGCGCUCGCUGCCAGCUGCACUCUUGGUACCUACAUGGGCAAGGGGUACGUGCGAACAAAGAGGGUGUUUCCUCAGGGGGUCUUCGCGCUAACCUCGCUGCUGCUCAGCGGCGGUUACAUCGUCUCAAUCACUUGAGGCAACGCAGUCUGGGCGCUGGUCUGUCUAUCUUGAAGACUCUGCCAAACUCCACGCAGACUCUUCCUAAUCUAAGGGACUGUCCUUCAUGAGAUUGUCUCUUCGUAUCAUGCUGUUCUCGUUCCUUCGAAGAGUAGAAGAGAUCUUGCAUAUUGCAAGUCCCUUUAUCAUAGGAGAUUCUUGACUUGAUGCUUGGUUGCCGUCUGUGCGUACUGUAUAUGUGCUUGGUGAGAACUGUGCUGUCAAUGCAUUGUUUUGAAGUAACUGCGGCAUGCAUGGGGAAUACGGAUGAGGAACAGAGUUUCUGUGAGGCGCAUGUGAUAUUGAAGUGGCAAGCAAGUGGCCAUAGAGGAUUUUCUUGGAAUGGAUGGGAGCAAUGUACCUAUGUAACAACAUUGCAUAU